AUGAUCACAGGCAAGAGCGAGCGCUACUGGACUGCUGUAUUUCUGGAUGAAGAUUUCGCCGACGACGUACCAAAGCUAUCCUUGGAAGAAGAGGAAGAUGUUACGGUUGGUGGCAUGGACCUCAUCAUUGUUGAUGCAGAGUUCAAAUCCGCUGAUACAAUUGUUUCUCCAAGGGCGUAUGCUCUUGCAUCCUUGGCAGCUACCCUCGAAGGGAUCGUUGAGCAUCAUAAGUACAUCCAGGAAGAGUUUGCAGCGAGUCUCUCUCGACACAGCCUUGAUCUCCGACAAGAGACAUCUGAAAAGUUCGCUUGCCAAAAGCAUCAGGAAUGGAGGAGUAAAUUCCAAGACUAUAUUGGGCAAGUCAGAUACAGCACCAUCCAACUACUCCGAAAAGCCAACGAGUUUCUUGAUCAAGAUGUUUGCAUCAGCCCUGAUGGACUGCCUUGUAGCCCACCAUGGCUAAGUGUGGCGGAUGAGCCCAAUGCUAAGAAGUCUUUGUGGAGGGUCAUUGCGUGUCGCAAUAGAUUGCGCGAGAUUAGCCACGAACUUGACUAUCUGGUCGACGAGGCUAAGCGUGAGGUAUGCAACAAUUAG